CGUAUUACGUCAUCACUGCGUGCCCCGGAAGCAUCGAGCGACGAGGAGUGGAGUUUUUCGUCACCCUCAAGCUAAUUGUUUACUCUUUUCCUCAAAGGAUAUCGACAAAAUACACCUUCAAUAGCGUUUUGUAUGUUUUAUAAGGUUCUUUUCUAUUUCUGAGCUCCAGCAGUACGGACGGUUGCUAUGGCGUCUCCAGGGGGACAGGGAGGAGGAGGUGCUCUGUCUACGAGAGGAGGCGGCGGGGCCCGGAGGAUGAAGUGGGCCCUGGAGCUCAGUGUAGGCAACACCAGGAGUCGUGGCGACCGGCAGGGCGGUCAGGGGGACGUCGUCUACCCCAUCGGCUACUCAGAGAAACCCGUCCCCGACACCAGCAUCCAGGAAACCGACAAGAACCUGGUGGAGAAGCGCUGCUGGGAUGUGGCCCUGGGGCCCCUGAAGCAGAUCCCCAUGAACCUGUUCAUCAUGUACAUGUCGGGCAACACCAUCUCCAUCUUCCCCAUCAUGAUGGUCUGCAUGAUGGCCUGGAGGCCCAUCCAGGCUCUCAUGUCCAUGUCUGCCACCUUCAAGCUGUUGGAGAGCUCCAGUCAGCAGUGGCUGCAGGGCCUGGUCUACCUGGUGGGGAACCUCCUGGGCUCAGCGUUGGCCAUCUACAAAUGUCAGUCAAUGGGGCUGCUCCCGACACACUCGUCUGAUUGGCUGGCUUUCAUAGACCCGCCUCAGAGGAUGGAGAUCAUGGGUGGAGGGAUGGUGCUGUGAGGAGGACUCACCCAGGAUCAGAUAUUUACUGUAUGUUCUCCACACCACCAGGCUGAGGUCCAAGGCAAUUCUGUCUACUUCCUGUCCACAACAGUUAACACAGGCCAGAUGUGUGUCAAAUCAGCAGCUCAGCUUGAAGACGGGAUUUUCUCCACCACACAUAAACGUUACUUCAGCCCUGCUCUGCUUCAUGUGUUUGCUUUUCUCCAUUUUCUCCUCGUAAAGAUUUCAAAGCCAGCAGGCCAUCAUGUUGACUGCUAUUAAACUACUGUUUCCAGAUGAAAUGUAGGAGAUUAUUUAUACAGAAUACAGUUAGUUUGGGAGGACAGACAUCACUUAAUAACAGAAUUUUAUCUAGAAUUCCUAAAAACAGUCUGUGAAGUCAUUUCUGUUGGAGUAGAAUAACGUUUUCUUCCAUUUCUUGCUUUGUGUUUUUUCCCAGUUUGUGGUGAAACGCUUCAUUUUGUCGACAUGCUAUCCAGCAGCACUUACUAACUGGUUUUAAUUUAUAGGUCUGUUUAAUUUAUACUGAAUCGCCCUGUGAAAAAUGUUCUACGAAAUAAAUCCUUAUUGGUUGAAUUAAA